AUGGCAGAAGCAGUUCUGUCGAAGCAGACUUCUCGAGAUGCUCGAGGCCUGCUCAAGGUUGUCAUCUUGGCGCUGAUCGCAGGUGCCGCGAUUGCGUCUCGUUUGUUUUCUGUGAUUCGUUUCGAGUCGGUCAUUCACGAGUUUGAUCCUUGGUUCAACUUCCGCGCAUCCAAAUACCUCGUCAAAAACGGUUUCUACGAUUUCAUCAACUGGUUCGACGAACGCUCCUGGUACCCCCUCGGCCGUGUCGCCGGAGGCACGCUUUACCCCGGUCUCAUGAUCACCUCCGGCUUGAUCCACAAUGCGUUGAAGGCAAUCAAUUACCCCGUCGAUAUCAGGAAUAUUUGUGUACUCCUCGCUCCAGGAUUUUCUGGGUUGACUGCGCUCGCGACGUACUGGUUCACGAAGGAGAUGAAGGACGAGAGUGCGGGGUUAUUGGCUGCGGCGUUUAUUGGGAUUGCGCCGGGGUACAUCUCUCGUUCGGUGGCCGGGUCGUAUGAUAACGAAGCCAUUGCGAUCUUCUUGCUUAUGUUCACCUUCUUCUUGUGGAUUAAGGCGUUGAAGGUUGGAUCUGCGUUCUGGGGUGGGUUAGCGGCACUGUUCUACUACUACAUGGUCGCUGCGUGGGGUGGAUACGUGUUCAUCACCAACAUGAUCCCGCUCCAUGUUUUCGUCCUUAUCCUCAUGGGACGUUUCUCGAACCGGAUUUACGUCGCGUACUCGAGUUGGUACGCGCUCGGUACGUUGAUGUCCAUGCAGAUUCCCUUCGUCGGGUUCCAGCCCAUUAGGACGAGCGAGCACAUGGCCGCUCUCGGAAUCUUCGGAUUGGUCCAGAUUGUUGCGUUUGUGGAGUUUGUUAGGGGCCAGGUUCCUAGCAAGCAGUUCCAGGUCUUGUUGAGGUCAUUUGUUGUUGUCAUGUUUGUCGGUGGAUUGGCUGCAUUGGUAGGCCUCACUCUGAGCGGUACUAUUGCGCCUUGGACUGGUCGUUUCUACUCCCUUUGGGAUACUGGCUAUGCUAAGGUGCAUAUUCCUAUCAUUGCGUCGGUCUCUGAACACCAGCCUACCGCUUGGCCAUCGUACUUCUUCGAUCUCGGUAUGUUGAUUUGGCUCUUCCCUGCCGGUGUCUACAUGUGUUUCCGCGAGUUGAGGGAUGAACACGUCUUCGUCAUCGUUUACGCUGUCAUGGCUUCCUACUUUUCUGGUGUCAUGGUUCGUUUGAUGUUGACGCUCACUCCUUGCGUCUGUGUCUCUGCUGCAAUGGCUGCGAGCACGUUGUUGGACUCCUUCCUGGAUGUCACCACCUCUCCUUCAGUUUCUGCUGAGGCGGCCACGACUGCUGCUGUCGAGAGCAACUCUGGCAAGCCCGCUGCGGAGAAAUCUACCUCUGCCAUCGAGACUCAGGCCAGCAAGAUGAUCAAGGGCAUGAGCAACAAGCGCUCUGAGAAGCCCGUCGGGAUCUACUCCAAAGCCAACAGACUCGUCGUCGUCUCCUCCUUCCUCAUGUACUUCAUCCUCUUCGUGUACCACUGUACCUGGGUCACCUCGAACGCUUAUUCUUCCCCCUCCGUCGUUCUCGCCUCGCGUAUGCCCGAUGGAAGUCAGCAUAUUAUCGAUGAUUACCGCGAGGCGUAUUAUUGGUUGAGGAAGAACACGCCUGAGGAUGCAAGGAUCAUGUCGUGGUGGGAUUACGGAUAUCAGAUUGCGGGUAUGGCUGAUCGUACCACGUUGGUCGAUAACAACACCUGGAAUAACACCCAUAUCGCUACUGUCGGUAAAGCGAUGUCGAGUCGUGAGGAAGUGUCGUACCCUAUCCUCAAAAAGCACGACGUUGACUACGUCCUUGUCAUCUUUGGUGGAUUGUUGGGAUACUCUGGUGAUGAUAUCAACAAGUUCUUGUGGAUGGUGAGGAUCGCGGAGGGGAUUUGGCCUGAUGAGGUCAAGGAACGCGAUUUCUUUACUGCGAGGGGUGAGUACCGUAUCGACGACGAAGCUACCCCUACGAUGAAGAAUAGUUUGAUGUACAAGAUGUCGUACUAUAACUACGACAAGCUCUUCCCUCAGGGACAGGCUAUGGACCGUGUUCGUGGCUCGCGCUUGCCGGCCGAGGGACCGGUGUUGAAUACCCUUGAGGAGGCGUUCACCAGUGAAAACUGGAUUGUGAGGAUUUACAAGGUGAAGGAUUUAGAUAACGUUGGGCGCGACCAUGCUUCUGCGAUGCAGUUCGAGCAGGGCAAAAAGAAGAGGAGAAGGAGUGGUGGCAACAAGGGCGUCGUCAGGAAGCUUCGCGUUUGA